UAUGGUUGAAAGUAGCAGGCAAGAAGGCUGUGGGACUCCAGUGUUUAUCUUUCAGAAAGAUAACUUCAAUAAAUAGAAUACUACUGACGUUAUCUGGGUAGCUGUCUGAAGUAUUCUAUAAAAAUGGAUCUAGAAGGUGGCACGUAUGAACCGGGGUUUGUCGGUAUUCGUUUCUGUCAGGAAUGCAAUAACAUGUUAUAUCCAAAAGAGGACAAGGAGAAUCGCAUCCUGUUAUAUGCAUGCAGGAACUGUGAUUACCAGCAGGAGGCAGACAAUAGCUGCAUUUACGUCAACAAGAUCACCCACGAGGUUGAUGAGUUGACGCAGAUCAUUGCAGAUGUAUCCCAGGAUCCAACACUGCCUCGGACAGAGGACCACCCAUGUCCCAAAUGUGGCCACAAGGAGGCAGUGUUCUUCCAGUCACACAGCAUGAAGGCUGAGGAUGCCAUGCGUCUGUACUACGUGUGCACGGCCCCCCACUGUGGACAUCGCUGGACAGAAUGAAAAAGGGAAGAGGAAGUUCCACUGCUACUGCCACAUUUGGCAUUUCGAUCUCUCACCCUGCCGACAUCAGUGACUUAACAGGACUUUUGUCAUACUGUCCAAAAAGUGUGAGAACUGUUGCGCCUGAAUCAGCCGCUUGUGAAGAACUGUUUAUUCCAGCUUGUAUCAGGGUGGAUUUUUCUUUUUUACUAUCGCUAGAAAAUUCUCUGAUGUCAGCAGCAGCCCAGGCUUUGUCCAUAUUUGUUGUAGGUAUUUUUUAGCCUUUUUUUACAAACAGAAAUUAAAUCCAAAUGGAAAAAACUG